AGAGAGAGAUAGAGAAUAAUGGUGGGGCAAUGGGAGGAAGAAGUUGAUGAAGAGGUGGUGAUCAGAUGCUACGAUGAUAGUAGGGACAGAAUUCAAAUGGGUCGUGUGGAGAAGAGUUGUGAGAUUGGUCACGACCAACAAACUCUUCUCUUCACAGACACUUUAGGCGAUCCCAUCUGCAGAAUCCGAAAUAGUCCUUUCUUCAUUAUGCUGGUGGCAGAGGUUGGGAACAAGCUGGUAGGUUCCAUACAAGGCUCAGUAAAGCCAGUGGAGUUUCAUGAUAAGUCAGUGAGAGUUGGUUAUGUUCUUGGUCUCAGAGUUGUGCCGCCGUAUCGACGCCGUGGCAUUGGUUCGAUUCUGGUGAGAAAGCUUGAGGAAUGGUUCGAGUCUCACAAUGCUGACUAUGCUUACAUGGCCACUCAAAAGGACAAUGAGGCCUCUCUCGGUCUCUUCGUCGGGAAACUUGGCUAUGUGGUCUUCCGAAACCCCGCAAUCCUGGUCAAUCCUGUCAACCCCGGCCGCGGUUUAAAAUUACCGUCUAACAUUGGAAUAAGGAAGCUAAAGGUGAAAGAGGCCGAGUCAUUGUACCGGAGAUAUGUAGCAGCUACGACAGAAUUUUUCCCGGAAGAUAUUAACAAAAUCUUGCGGAACAAGUUAAGUAUCGGGACAUGGUUGGCUUACUACAAUGAUGACAACACCAGAAGCUGGGCAAUGCUUAGUGUUUGGGAUAGUAGCAAAGUCUUCAAACUUAGGAUCGAGAGAGCUCCUUUGAGCUAUUUGCUUCUCACUAAAGUUUCCAAAAUUUUUGGUAAAUUUUUGUCGUUAUUGGGAUUAACGGCUAUGCCGGAUCUGUUUACUUCGUUUGGGUUCUAUUUCCUUUAUGGGGUUCACUCGGAAGGUCCACUUUGUGGGAAACUAGUUAGGGCUUUGUGUGAGCACGUUCAUAACAUGGCUGCAUCAGAUGACAGUGGUGCGUGUAAGGUUGUGGUGGUGGAGGUCGACAAAGGAAGUAACGGCGAUGAUUCUCUACAGAGAUGUAUUCCACAUUGGAAAAUGCUUUCGUGUGACGAUGAUAUGUGGUGUAUAUGCCGUUGAAAUGCGAGAAGCAGAAGAUUGGUUUGAGUGAGAGAACAAAAUCGCGGUCUUCGCUCUUUGUGGAUCCAAGAGAUGUGUAGCUAGCUAGCUACCGAGAUUCAUCGCGUGUUUUAUCCAACUGAUAAUACACCUAAUAGCAAAAUAUGCGAAAUCGUUUCGCUUUUUCCUAGAUUAAUGACUAGACAUUAAAGAAAUUAUGCAAUUCCGUGACUAUUUUUGGUGAAAUUAUGUUUUUUGCUUGAUGGUUUUGGUAUACUACCAUUCAUUUUUAUUGAUUCUUCUGUUCCGUAUAGUAUUAACGAAAGAAGCCUAAUAGUUAGACUACAUUUAAGAGAUUGUACCGCCAAAUGAUAUCUUCAAUCAAAUGCUAACACUUGCGCAUGUCAACCGUCAAAUCUCCAACCGUCGAACCGGACAAAAAUCAAGGAUCAUCUAUCAACCAAGAACAAUCAAACCAUAUAUCGACUCACAAAACGUUAAGAUUAUCAAUAUAUGAAUCCAAGACAUGUUGUGGGGUUUGAGUUUGCAUUUUGCUUGGCAUGACAUAUCGAGAUCAUGAACCCUACAUAUAGUUAUAUAAUUAUGAUUUUUGUUUUAUUUCGGGAUCUAAUGUAUGAUAAAUCAUUGUUCUCCAUAUAAAAUCUAAAAAGAUUUCCUCAAGUAGGUGCCACUAUUUGUUGUCCUUGGCAUUCUUCCUAUCUUGUUUGAGCUAUAAAGUAGUUAAAGAAUAGUCAAUUUUCAUAUGUUUUUUAUUUGAUAAAUAAAUAUAUUUUCCUCGAAUCAUUGUUAAUGGUAAAUUUGUAAUGUACAUAUAUAUUUCUCAAUAUUCUGUGAAAUUAAU